UAAAUACUUUGACGUGUAUAACCCUUACGGCCUUAGCCAACAGUAACACAAUUGGUCUCUGGUCUUUGGCUUAACAAUAAGUUUCAGCCUCCACUUUGGAGUUUGGAGAAAACUAUGAUGCUGUCCAAAAGAAAAAGAAGAAAAAAUCCAAAAUUGGAGAAUCCCUCCUCAGAUCUUCCUCAACCCGAUCUCUUCAAUCAACCUUCGGCUCCAGUCCAAGCUCCUGCUUUUGUCCAGGUCCCGCCUUCAGCUUCGCCUCAGGCUCAGUCAAUUCCUUCUGGGCCUCUGGAACCCUUGAUGUAUAAGAAUCGUUUGCAGGAGUAUACUCAAAGAUCAUCCAUACCACUCCCAGUGUAUCAAACUUUUAAUGAAGGAUUGUUGCAUGCUCCAAGGUUCAGGUCAAGUGUGAUAGUUGAUGGAAUAUGCUAUGUUUCCGGGGAAACCUUUUCACAUAGAAAAGCAGCUGAACAGGAUGUUGCCAAAUACGCUCUAGAGUGUAUAACAAAGAAAAUAAAAGAUGAAGGAUGCCCUCUUAUUCCUGAGGAUACAGUAUUUUGCAAGUCUAUCUUGAAUGAAUUUGCAGUCAAGAUGAAUCUGGAAAUGCCAACCUAUAAUACCAUUCAGUUUGAAGGAUUUCUUCCCCUUUUUGUGUCCUCUUUGGUUUUCAAUGGUGUGACUUAUAGUGGAGAAACUGGUAGGAAUAAGAAAGAGGCUGAACAAUUAGCUGCACGGGCUGUUAUCGUCUCUCUUCUUGAUGAUCCUAGGUAUGGAACAUUUCUUCCAGAGAUCAUCGAGUCCAAAUCUAAACUGUAUGUUGCUUUGAAUAAAGUCAAGGAUUCGAGCAUCUUCCAUCUUGGCACUACAGCUGCUGGAGCCGAAACAUUGAUCCACAACAAUAAAGAGGUUGAAACUGCUGCAGCCCCUAACAGUGUGCCAACUAGUGCAAUUCUACAGCGAAGCUCAGGAGCAGAACGUCCUCACCACAAAUUCCAGAUUACAAAAUCAGAACAAGGUCCUGAAUGUGUUGAUCUUCCAAUUUCUUUUGUGCCUCCAGUCGUUGGACAGUCUUCAGGUGUUGGUGAAAACUCAACAAGAAAGCGACGUAAGAAGAAGAAAAGGGCUAAACCGGACACUGCUACUCAGUUGGCUGUUGCUGGCGUUCCAUUAAAUCAAACUGCUCCAUGUUCAGUGGCUCUAUGAACCUUGCCAAUGGCCCGUUGUAUUUUAUAGCAAUUAUUUUGUUAGUUUGGCUCAUACCUCAGCCAUUGUCCUUAGACACAGAAUCCUUCUGGUUUAAUAUAAAGUAUGUCCCAUUAUAAUAAAGCAUAUGGUUAACUGUUUUUCUCUGUUUAAUUAAUCUUUUGGUUAUUGCUUAAAUUCCAGUCCUAAGGGCUAAGGGUGUGUUCUGAAACACCUGUUUUUCACUAAAGCAGCUAAGAAGCUUUUGUUAACCAGCUCUUGUGCGGUAUCUUUGCUUACCAUCAGAGACAAUGGUGGCUGGAAUUGAAGAAACAAAUAGCUUAUUGCCGCUAAAAAAAAAACCGUGGUUAAAGUUUUUUGUUUCAUUAAGUAGGUGCUGGUUAAUCUAUGAUUUGGCUCAAAUGUGGAAUUUUUGUUUCCUCAAGCUUGUCUUUCUAAUGGUUGCUAAAACAACUAUUUUUUGUUUAGUUAUCCCACUUUGAUGAACGUUUGUUGGACGGAGAACCAAGUGAUAAUCUUGUAUGCAGUAGAAAAAUACUACCUGAAAGUGUGU